GGGAAUCUGGAGUCUGGACUGAUACAAGGAGUGUUCUCAGAAGCGGCCCCUGAUUUUCCUGAGGCAGAAAAGACUCCAUUGGACACCACCAGGCAGUGGAUGCUUUCCAGGAGGAACUUGCAGAAGGUGGAUGGAGGUGUCCCCUUGCAGGGUACUGGGCUUAGGUUGGCAGUGCAUUCUCAGCCAUCUCUUCUUUCUGGUGGCGGUGAAGGAGCUUCACUACAAGCAGAUCAGGUUCUGGUAACUUUUGAGGAGGUGGCUGUGUAUUUCAGCAAGGAGGAGUGGGCUCUGCUGGAUCUGGACCAAAGAACCCUGCACAGGGAAGUCAUGAAGGAGAAUUAUGGGAUUGUGGCCUCUCUGAGGAGUGACAGGUGGGAGAGUGAGAAUGAAGGAAAGUUCCACGGAGGAUUGUUGGAAAGUACCCCAUCUAAAAAGAGAGGACAACAGAGAAGGACAACUGAAGCAAUACAGAAGAGGAGAAAUGGAUCUUGUGUUUCUCAGCGCAGUGACUUCCAUGAAAUUCUCACCCAAGAAAAAACAGAAAAGGAAGCCCGGAGAACUCUGUACUGUGCAUAUAGGAGGAGCUUCCGUUUUGAUCCAAGCCCUCACUCUCAAUGGAAAAUGCACCCAGAGGAAAAACCUUACAAAUGUUUGGAAUGUGGGAAGACCUUCAGCUAUAAUGGAAAUCUUAGAAAACACCAAAGAACCCAUGCUAGGGAGUGUGGAAAGAGCUUUAGAGGGAAAACAAGUUUUACUACACGUCAAAGAUCCCAUACCAGGGAGAAAUCAUAUGAAUGUUUGGAGUGUGGUAAGAACUUUGCUCAGAGAGGAAAACUUACUAUACAUCAAAGAACUCACACUGGAGAGAAACCAUAUAAAUGCUUGGAGUGUGGAAAGAGUUUCAGUGUGGGUGGAAAACUUAUUGUUCAUCAAAGAACCCACACUGGGGAGAAACCAUAUAAAUGUUUGGACUGUGGAAAGGGCUUCUAUGAGAGGUCAGAUCUCACUAUACAUCAAAGAAUCCACACAGGGGUGAAACCAUACAAAUGCUUUGAGUGUGGAAAGAGCUUUUACAAAAGUGGAAAUCUUACUACACAUCGCAAAAUCCACAAAGGGGAGAAACCAUAUAAAUGCUUGGACUGUGGAAAGAGUUUCAGUUCAAGCUCACACCUCAUUUCCCAUCAAAGAAUUCACAGUGGGGAGAAACCAUAUCAGUGCUUGGAGUGUGGAAAAAACUUCACUCGAGCUGACUCCCUUGCUAAACAUCAAAGGAUUCACACUGGGGAGAAACCAUAUAAAUGCUUGGCGUGUGGAAAGAGCUUCCAUCGAGCUGACUGCCUUACUUCUCAUCAAAGGAUUCACACGGGGGAGAAACCAUAUAAAUGCUUGGAGUGUGGGAAGAGUUUCAGUCAAAGCCCAACCCUCACUUUUCAUCAAAGGAUUCACACAACGGAACGCAUUUUUGCAGCCUGCCUUUGCUUGGAGGGAAGUUGGAGGUGGGUGUCCGGAAAGAGCCAAGAGAUUUCUUGCUCCUACUUCCACACGCAGCUGCUGCACGAAGCAGCACCCAAAGAAGAAGCUGAAGCUGCGGGGAGAGAAGGACCCUUGUCCUCCCCACACGCCCUGCUCCCGCGGGGGAUCUGGCCUACAUCCUCAAAUGCUUCAAGACCCUCCAACACCUGUAGCCAGCUUCCAACAAGACCAGCCUCAAGCCUAUCCUCAAGCCUGGGAAUGGUGACCUUUGACGAGGUGGCUGUGCAUUUCACUCGGGAGGAGUGGCCUCUGCUCGAUCCAGACCAAAGGGUUCUGUAUGCGGAAGUUAUGUUAGAGAAUUAUGAGAAUGUGGCCUCCUUAGAAUUCUCCAAACCUGACCUCAUCUCCUGGCUGGAAGAAGAGGAGGAUCCAUUUGUCCUGGACUCCAAGGAAGUGGGCCAAUUAGCAGCAGGUGGUGGACAGGAAAAUGAAGAUUCCAGGGUGGCAUCUGGAGUAUCAUCAGAAAUCUCCAUGCAGGAACUAGAGGAAGAGAGUUUGAGUGAUCAAAACAGAUGUAGUGGGGAAGAGGGGAGCCAAGCACAAGUCUGGAGGGAAGGAUCUGUUUGUCAGAGCAACAAUCUCCAUGAGAUCCCAAUCCAACAGCAACAUUGCAAAGGAAAGAGAGAUAAUACCUGCCCUUUAGAUGGAAAAACAGCCAGUUCUAAAUCAAAUAUAAAUACACAUAGCACCAGACCCCACAAAGGAAAGAAACCACAUAAAGGUUCUGAAUGUGGAAAGAAGUUUAGUAAGAGCACGCACCUUUCUGCGCAGCAAAACAUCCAUACUAGAAGGAAGGCUGGGAAUCGAGAUGAAUCCAAGGGACAGCAGGGAAAGCAGACACACGGAAGAGUAGAUUUGGUGCUUGUCAGGGUCGGGACUUCAAUGCCAUUCAAAAUAGUCAAGGAAAAAAGCAAGGGGAAAGAAGGGGAAGACGCUCUCUUCGUACAAAGGCUUAGAGUAGUAAAUCGAACCUUGGAACCCAGCACAGAAUGCAACCAGGAGGAAAACCAUAUAAAUGUAGUGAAUGUGAAAAGAGCUUCAGUUAGAGCACUAAGGUCACUUCACAUCAAAGAAUCCACAAAAGGGAGAACUCCUAUAAAUGCUUUGACUCUAGAAAGUGCUUCAGAAAGUACAAAACCUAAUUCAUAUAAAGGAAUUUGCACAGAGGGGAGACUAUACAGUUGCUUGGAGUGUGGAAAGAGCUUCCGUGACAAGGGAUACCUCAUUAGGCAUCAGAAAACUCAUACAAGAGAAAAAAGAUACAAAUGUUCAGAGUGUGGCAAGACUUUCCAGUCUAGCUCAAAGCUCACUGUACAUCAGAAAAUUCAUACUGGAGAAAGACCCUAUAAAUGCUUAGAGUGUGGAAAAUGUUUCCGUCGGAGCACACAACUUACCCUACAUCAAAGUCUGCACACUGGGGAGAAACCAUAUACAUGCCUUGAAUGUGGAAAGAGCUUCCGUUUACGUUCAAGUCUUACAUCACAUAAAAAAACUCACACAGGGGAGAAACCACAUGAGUGCCUAGAGUGUAGAAAGAGCUUCAACUGUAUCAGAGACCUCACUAGACACCAACUAAUUCACACAGGGGAGAAGCCAUAUAAAUGCUUGGAGUGUGGAAGGAAUUUCAGAACGAUAUCAAGCCUCAGUGCACACCAAAAGGCUCACAGAGGAGAAAAACCAUAUACUUGUUCUGAGUGUGGAAAAGCUUUCUCUUCUAGCACACACCUGUUUUACCAUCAAAGAAUUCACACAGGGGAGAAACCAUAUAAAUGCCUGGAGUGUGGAAAGUGUUUCAGCAUGAGCACAAGCCUCACAGUGCAUCAAAGAACCCACUCAGGGGAGAAACCCUUUAAAUGCUUUGAAUGUGGAAAGUGCUUCAGUGUGAGCACCAGCCUUACUGUACAUCAAAAAAUCCACACAGGGGAGAAACCAUAUCAAUGCUUGGAGUGUGGGAAGCACUUCAGGGAAAGUGGGAAACUUACUAUACAUCAAAGAACUCACACUGGAGAAAAACCUUAUAAAUGUUUGGAGUGUGGAAAAAGCUUUGCUCAGAGCUCAGGGCUUAACACACACAAAAAAAUCCACACGGGAGAAAAGCCACAUAAAUGCCUGGAGUGUGGAAUAAGUUUCAUUUUCCACACAACUCUUAUAGAUCAUCAGAGAAUCCACAAAGAGGAAAAACCAUAUAAAUGCUUGGAGUGUGGAAAGUGCUUCCGUCUCAGCACAAGCUUGAAGACCCAUCAAAGAAUUCAUACGGGGGAGAAACCAUAUCAAUGUUUGCAGUGCAGAAAGAGCUUCACUCAGAGCACACACCUUUCCAUACACAGAAGAAUUCAUACAGGGGAGAAACCGUAUACCUGUCUUGAGUGUGGAAAGAGCUUCCGUGUGAGUUCAAGCCUUACUUCCCAUCAAAGAAUUCACACAGGGGAGAAAAUGCAUAAGUGUUUGGAAUGUGGGAAAUGUUUUAGACAUAGCACACAUCUCAAGGAACAUCUAAGAAUUCACACAGGGGAGAAGCCAUUUGAAUGCUUGGAGUGUGGUGAAAGCUUCCGCCAAAGGGAAAGUUUGAAAGCUCAUCAAGGGAGCCACACAGGGCAGAAGCCAUAUAACUGCUUGGAGUGUGGAAAGGGCUUCAAUUGGAACACAUCCCUUAGACUUCAUCAAAGAAUUCAUUCAGGGAAGAAACCAUAAGAAGCCACUUGGAGCGUGGAAAAAGUUUCCGUAAUGAUACAAAUCUCAUCGUGCAUCAAAAGAACAAAACCAAACAAAAAACAAUGGAAGAACUUUCAGUACUUUGAUUUCAAUCAUGUUCAUUAUAAGGACAAUUGGAAUUGGCUUUUUUUUUUUUUUUAAAGUUAUGGUCACACCAACUUGAAAGAAAUAUUUACACCGAUGCAACUAUUACAAAUGAAACUUAAACAUAAAUGAAUGUAAGAAAAUGGGGUUUAAAAUAAAGUAGAAAUCAUUACAAGCCUCCCGUUAGAUGAAAGGAAUAAAAUUGCUCCAGCUGAUGAAACUGAAGAAAGAUACAUGCUUCACCAAAUCCAGUUGAGAUGUUCCCUCUUGAGAAGUGACCCCUGUGAAGUGAAACGGGGUAACAGUUUGAAGUGGCACAGGCUGGCUCUCUUAUGGAGCCAGGGGACAAUCCAAAGGACUUGAAUUUUUGUUAUGGCUCCAAAUAUUUCAAAUUCUUUCAUUUCUCAGAAAAGUCACUUCAUUGCCUUUGCAAUGUUCUUAGAGAAACCUAAAGCUACUAAGCCUGCCGGUUAAGCUGUAGUCUUUGUCAUCUGACCUUUCUCCUUUCCUUGCCGUGCCUUCUUUUUCAAGACUUCUUUCCUUGGAUCAGGAGGUGUCGCAACAUAACCACAUCCAGAUGUGAAGCUUGGAGCAUCCUUGAACCCCUUCUCUCCAGUGCUUGAAUUUUGGGAGGAAAAGCAUGGGUGUCGUUAGAGUUGUGACCCUUACGUUAAGGAGGUGGGACCAGCCAAUAGCAGUCCAUGAGCACCGCUCUGGGAGUAGGUGAGAGUAGGAAACUAUACCUUUAGAAAGCUGCUCCCCUUGCUGCUGUGGUCACCCAGCAGCAUCUGGGCAGCACAACAGCUGACCCAGUAGCUCACGGGGAAACUGCCCCACUCCCACUGCUUAGCUGGCUUCUGUGCAUGUGUGGCAGCCAUUUGAGUGGUCAUGGCACUGGGCUAACUUGUGCAGAGGCCAACUGAGAACCAACGACCCUACAGGCUGUCCGGCCAGUUGCAGUUCUUCCCAGAGGCUGCUGGGUGCCUACAGUGGCAAGAUGAGUGCCUUUUGGGACCAGCAUUAGACACAAUUUCCAGGCCUUAAUUCUGGGCUAGAGCUUGAAUGAAACACAGAACUAGAGGCCAUGAUGCCCAAAGGUUAUUUUACCAAUAGCUUUGUAACAUGCUAAGCAUAACUAACAGUAAACUCCUGCUAUCUGGGUAAAGGAACACCUUUAAAAUAUUUAGCAAAGGGAGAUCACCUGUCCCUGUUCAGGCUCAGCACAGAGUCCCUCAAUGGCUGUUUCUCUUGUCUUCCCUGUGUUUCUUUUUAGGCUGUGAGCCCUUUGGGGACAGAGAACCAUCUUUAGGCCAUCUUGUAACACCUAGUUUGGUGCUCGCCUCUGCGAACUGAGCAAAGAAACACCUUUUUGAAGUGGCGGCUCCCUUAUAUUUUGCAAAGGGAGAACAACUCUCCUGAUUCAGUCCCGCAUAAUCUUCCACCCAGUUGCCGGUUGCUUGUGCUGCUUUCAAGAUUUUCUUUUUAGGCUCUCUUUAGAGUCAGAUUGUUUUUAGAUUGUUUGUUUCUUUUUAGAACAGGGACAGGGAACCAUUUUUGGAACAGGGAACCAUUGCCUCUACUAUAUGAACUACUUUGAGAACUUUUUUCUUGAAGUGUCUUUGUAGUGAUAGUCAAGUUUGAGGGAGGACUAGGCCUCAGAGUAACUGCUUGGAGGGUGGGCUUCUCCAAACAAGGAAGAAAGCCCAGGAGAAUAAAAUCCUUGUGGUUCAAGCAGGCCUGCUCAACUUUGGCCCCCCAGCUGUUUUUGGACUCCAUCUCCCAUAAUCCCCAGCCACAUUGGCCAAUAGCCAUGGAUUAUGGGAGUUGUGGGCCAACAUCUGCAGGAGGGCUGAAGUUGAGCAGCCCUGAAAGAAUGAGGGGCAGGGUUUACUGGACAAAUGCCUAUAGAAGAGUAGGAGAGGAGUGUCCUUGGAGGCCUCUGAGUGAAGUCUGAUCAGCAGCUACUGUAGGGAAAGGGGAGGCUAACAAACCUGAACAAAAAUAAAUCCCCUGAUGUGUCUAGCUAAAUUCGAACUUCCUUACUUGGAAGUAAGUAGGAAGGAUAGGGACCACCAGUUUAGCUAGACGCGUCAGUGGAUUUAUUUUUGUUGGCUUGGAUCUGACUACAUGGUUCUUAUAGUUUCUGGGGAUGGGUUUUACCUGAAUGGAAGUAGGGAUUGUGAUGCCUCUAUAGUUUUUCUUAUCAUCCAGUUAUUAAUAAACCUUUCUUGUUUACA